UCCCGUCUGGCAGUCCAUUUUGAGUGUUCCUCUCGGUUGGCCACGAAGCGCGAGAAAAAAGAAACGUUUUUGUAAAGAUCUCGUCUUGAGUCACAGUGAUACAGUUCUGGAUUUGAUAAUAGUUUUCGCGCUGUAAAGUGCUUAAUGGAAACCGUGAAAUUGUGCUGCUGAAUCGUCAUCACCGUCAGUGUUUCGUUAGAUCGACCAUACCGGAGUGUUAUGCAUGCGGGUAGGUUUGUGGUUAUUGGCAAUUCAUUACCGAUGGCGAAACUACGACGGGAGAGUCUGGUUAACGACGAUAGCAAUGAAGUUCGCUUAGUGUUAAUUAAUUAGAACCAACGUGACAGAAUGCCGUCUGAUGAUGAAAGGCGGAUCAUCCCAGAUGUACCACGCGGUCCGCUAUGCGAAUACCGCAGCAGAGCAAAAUUCAAUUGGAAAGACUUUAAACUAGUGUUGGAAAACUCAACCUUGGCUCGAAUAAAGUAUGAUGUAUGGAAGAAGCUGGAAGCUGAACCCCUGUUCACACCUGUUACUUCCACUCUUAGCGCAGAUCAGCAGAAAGAACGAGCAGCAAAACAGGUGAACCGAGUGGCAGAUUUAGAACUGGCUCCAGCAGAGGUCUACUCGAUGGACUAUAAAUACCGCGUUCGGUAUUUGAUGAGCAUCAACGAAGCCCUGCACUCCGUAUGUCCGAGCAUGUCAGUUAAAAUUGCUCUCGGCGUGGGAUUGUUCACCAACUCUCUGCUAGCGAUGGGAACCGAACGGCAUUCAGCAGUCUACAAUGCGGCUUGGAAUCGUGAAAUAAUCACCUGCUUGGCCAUCACCGAAGUCAGUCACGGAAGCAACACCAAACGAUGUCGCACAACUGCAACGUAUGAUCCCAAAACACAAGAGUUUGUGAUCAAUACCCCAGAUUUCGAAGCGGCUAAAUGCUGGAUCGGAAAUCUAGGCAAAACUGCGUCGAUAGCGCUGAUGUUUGCACGAAUGUUUACCAGCGAUGGGGAAGAUCAUGGUCUGCAAGGAUUUUUGGUUCCCAUAAGAGACCCCAAAACCUUGCAACCAUUCCCCGGUGUGAUUGUUGGCGAUAUUGGCGAAAAGAUAGGUUUGAAUGGAAUCGACAACGGAUUCGUAAUGUUCAACAACUAUCGGAUACCGAGGGAGAAUUUAUUGAACCGUGCAGGGGAUGUCACACCGGAAGGAGUAUACGAGUGCACGUUUGCGGAACCGGGCAAGAUUCUAGGUGCCGUGCUGGAAUCAUUCUCUGCAGGUCGUUUAGGUAUUAUGCAAGAGUCAUCGAAUACGCUUUCACAUGCGGCAGUCAUAGCAACUCGCUACGCCGCACUAAGGAAGCAGUUCGGUACCGAGAGGAACGGUCCUGAACAAUCCAUUAUAGAUUAUCAGUUACAUCAAUGGCGAAUCUUUCCGUACUUAGCUGCGGCAUGCAUACUUAAGGUUUCCGUGUACGCGCUGACCGAGAUCUAUCUGGAAACAGUGCAAAAAUCUCAAGCAGAAUCUAACGGUUUCGAAUUAUUGACGCAAAUUGUGUCGGAACUACAUGCUCUGGUAUCAUCUUCGAAGCCUUUGGUUACAUGGACGGCACGGGAUGCUAUCCAGGAGUCGAGGGAGGCAUGUGGAGGUCACGGUUAUCUGAAGGCUGCCAAUUUGGGAGAACUGAGGAACAAUCACGAUCCCAGCUGUACUUACGAGGGCGAUAACAAUGUAUUGGGACAGCAAGCAUCGAACUGGUUGCUGAGGCAGUGGAAGGGAAUGAAGGUGGAAAGUCCAGUAGGUACAGCGAAUUUCAUUGAACGGCGAGAGUCAAUCCUGCAGAACAGUUUCGAUGCCAUUAUGAAGAGCGACUGCAACGUACAAAGUCCGGAAUUCGUCACUCAAUGUUAUGAAUGGUUAAUGUGUUGGCUUCUCCAUUCCACCGUCGACCAGAUACAACUUUCCAGUGACAAUGGCUCCGAUAGGUUUAAAGCCCGGAAUGAUUCGCAGGUUUAUCGGGCGAGAGAUUUAAGUCGGGCUUACGCUGAAUACUACGCACUGCAGAGCUUUAGAUCACGCUGCCAACGAGGUGACAUUUCAGAGGAACUGAAACCGGUACUGUGCAACGUGUACUCCAUCUACGGCAUGUGGUGUAUUGACCGUCAUCUAGCCACAUUCUACGCCGGAGGUUUUGCUUCCGGACCACGAUUCGCAGACGCCAUUCGCAGUACGCUACUGCAGGCAUGCGCACAAUUUAGGGACUCCGCCGUUUCGGUGGCCGACGCAUUAGCUCCACCAGAUUGGGUACUUAAUUCGGUGAUUGCAAAAUCCGACGGACGACUGUAUGAAAAUCUACAAAACCAGUUUAUGACCAAUCCCGGAGCGAUGGAACGGGCUUCCUGGUGGAAGGACAUCAUACCGACAAAGAUGAAGAGUAAGCUGUAAAGAUCAAGCAUGGAUGGCAGCGUUUUUAAUAUACGGGUUUAUGUGCGCGAGCAAAGAAUGUAUGUGGGCAUCUAAAAGUGCAAUCCAGUCAGCGUUGAUGUUGUUUUGAACUAUCGAUGAUCUCGAUCCCUGCUCUAGAAAAAAUGAGCAUACCAGCAGUGUAAUGUGUCUCCUUUCCUCAGAACGUGCACAAUUUUGUCCCAAAUAACUAUCAGUGUACCCAAGAGACCUAACAGUGAUGUACCUCUACUAUUAUCACACAGAAGAAAGCCCUUCUGAUCUAUUCAACAAUCUCAAUCUCGUUGAUCGCAGCGGAUAAAUGUGGCUGGAAAUCAAGUAAAAAUGUGUCUUAUCUAUGAAUCUUAGAUAUUUAUACGCGUAUAGAAUAAAAUUUAGGAAACAAAGUAGUAAAACCCCAUUCUAUAUACAAACUCGUGAUAAAGAACCCUUUAUAACGUUGAACGUAUUUUGUACACUAUUGAAUUUCCAAUAUGUUUACCGAAUGUUACUGUUACCCACAUCCCACUGAAUUAUAUCCUGUCCCUAUGAAUCUAUACUUCUAUUACGUUCUGUAUAUUCCAUUGGAUUGUUGAAAAGAACGAGUUUAUUUUGUCCGUUGAAAACGGAAUGACGCAAAUAUUCAUGCUAUAUGAGUGUUCUGUUUCAUCAUAUAGGUAAGCCUUUGUCCCUGAACUAUGAUAUAUGUAUUUUUAGUUAUUAUUGUAUAUUUUAUUAAGUGUUAUACGAAUCUUUCUUCUUUAUGUUCAGGACGUAUAUAAUGUCAAAUAUUUAUACACGCAGGAAAUCAGCUGCUGCGGAAUAAUUCAUCUUGUUUGUCGAAAGCAUGAGCCCAUCGAUGUAGAUUUUGAAACGUAACAUUGUCAAGCUGCGCAUUUAUUGUGACCAAAAUAAAAAACUGAUAAUGAAAGCCA